AUGGCGGGGAGAGGGAAGGCGAUUGGCAGUGGGGCCGCGAAGAAGGCGACGUCUAGGAGCAGCAAGGCGGGGCUCCAGUUCCCCGUCGGCCGAAUCGCUCGCUUUCUGAAGGCCGGAAAGUACGCGGAGCGUGUCGGCGCCGGCGCUCCCGUGUAUCUCGCGGCCGUUCUCGAGUAUCUCGCGGCGGAGGUAGUGAGAGCUCUCAGCGUUCUAAAUAUUCCGCGCUCAUCUCUCUCUCUCCCUCUCUCUCUCAGUGGAUCUCUCGUUUGAAUGGACAUCAAUUAGGGUUCCUCGUUUGCAGGAUUGUUUCUGUCUAGGGUUCUGGGUUUUAGGGGUCAGUUGUUGCUCCUUUGAGAAAUCUCCAUGUAAUAGCUUGCUCGUUGUACAUCCAUCCUCUUUUUGAACCAGAAUUUUUAGAUUCUUCGAGCGAUUUGUGUAGCCGCUCGUUGUAAUAGCUUGCUUCUCGAGUGGCUCGCACACUGGGGGUGGUGCGGCUGAGCCUGAGUGGGUUCAGCAGUCGGCCUAUGUUUUCCUUAACUCUCUGUUGAUCCUUUGAGUAGCAACCUCCGUCUGCAAGCUUUUGGAUUCGUUAUGAUCUCGCAUUCGUAAAGUUUUUCGAGCAUUGUGCGAUUCGAUUUCUGUUUCACUUUCCUUCUCUCAUCAUUCAUCGAUCCUCUGAGAAUACUUAAGAAGAUAUCGGUGGUCGAUUGGUGGAUUUAUUUCCUUGUUUGCGAAAUUCCGACGCCCUCUGAUCGAUCUCCAGGUCCUCGAGCUGGCUGGGAACGCCGCCCGCGACAACAAAAAGACGAGAAUCGUGCCCCGCCACAUCCAACUCGCCGUGCGGAACGACGAGGAGCUCUCCAGACUUCUCGGCGCCGUCACCAUUGCCAGCGGCGGCGUCAUGCCAAACAUCCACAACCUGCUCCUCCCCAAGAAGACCGGCGGAGCCUCCAAGGGCGCCGCCGCCGAGGAGUAG